UUCCUGUUUAAUUUCUACCGUGAUAGCCUGGGUCGACCAAUGACGAAAACAGUUAUGCAAGAAAGAAAGAGUGCUUUGUUGAUUGUUCAACACUUUCACUCGCGUUUGUUGACCAAAAAUGACUUGAUAAUUCCAACCUAAUCUUUCAAAGACAGCGAAGAGCUGGAAUUUAUACAUAGAUGUCAAAGGAGGAGAAUUUUGAAGAAAAUUGCACUCGUCAAUCGGACGAGAUCGAAGCUCUCUCAGCCAUCUAUGGCGAGGAUUUUAUCACAGUGGAUGAGGACAGCAAAAUUUUUGAAAUACGCAUAAAAAUGAAAAUYACUUCGGCUUCAUUGCGUUUUGUGAUACCCCCAGAGUACCCCAGUGAAAAUCCACCRGAGUUUGAAGUCCAGUGUGGUGUGCUAAGAAGAGAAGAUGAGAUGGAAGUGAUUCGAGAAUUUGAGCAAAUAGCCGAUGAAAAUGUUGGGGAGUGUUUUCUAUUUCAGUGGGCUGAGAAACUACGAGAAAUUGUGGAAACGAAAGCGAACAAAGUUCAAGAGCAAGAAGCAAACUAUCUUGUCCCUAACCAGACAAAUACCUCAAAUGCUGAUCAAGUGUUGGUAAAGGGUUUGRCUGAUGCGAUAAAAGAAACUAACCUUCAAGAUGACGCACUCCUGUAUCACAACAUUGAACAGCCUGCCUUUGAAAUUGCACAUGGCGAACCAUUUACAGAUCGCAAGAGUACAUUCCAGGCACACCUUGCAGCAGUGGAAUCAAGGAACGACAUUGAUCAAGUGCUAUUUCAACUGAAAUUAAACCGCAAAAUUGCGAACGCAACUCACAAUAUUAUGGCUUAUAGGAUAUUUAAUGCCGAGCUCAAUUCUUACAUUCAAGAUUGCRACGAUGAUGGAGAAAAUGCRGCAGGUUCAAGGCUUCUUCACUUGCUACAAAUAGCUAAUGUUAAGAAUGUGGUUAUAAUUGUAACUAGAUGGUAUGGUGGGUUAUUACUGGGACCUGACCGGUUUAAACAUAUCAAUAACUGCGCUAGAAACCUUUUAGAAUCAUGUGGGUUUGUUGAAGGAAGGAAAUCAAAUGAAAAUAAGGAACCAAAAGGAAAAAGAACAGAAAAAAUGAGAAAACAUAAAUAAAAUAUAUGAUUGAAACGAUAACAAAAUAUGAGAYUAGGUUCAGAAUAAUAUGGAGAAUAACUGGAUGAUGCUGAACAUGAUAUGGAUGAUAUGAAAUAUGAUAUGGAAGAAAAGCAUAUAGUUGAUGUUAUCACCUUCCAUAUUUGCAAUUAUAUUAUUUUGAUAGCCAAAUCUACUGUUGUAGUAGGUAACUAUUAAAAUUUAUACAACUUUUCAGUCAAAUCAGACGUUUUGAUUGGUUGGCUUUCGUGUGUUAUCAAAGUAUAGAUACACGGAUUACGUCAAAACUAAUUGUUUGUUGUAUAAAACAGAUAGAUCUCAUUUUUCCGUGUGUGUUUACUCUAAUAGAUACACAGAUGACGUCAAAAUGUAGCGAGAACAACAGUCACACACUCGACUGUGUCUCGUGCAUACUUUUUUGUUCUCACUACAUUUUGACGUCAUCUGUGUAUCUAUUAGAGUACACACGCACGGAAAAAUGAGAUCUAUUUGUUAAAUUUACCAUUUAGGGAAYAUUCAUUAAUUAAUGUCAUAGAAUUAUCUAUAAAAUACCUAUAGUUCUCCAUUACAUAAAGUUGUUUUUACUUGCCGGGCACUUUGAGAUACAAAUUUUAUCUUCUUGUGUUGAAAAUCUCUCACUUCUUUGCUGCGCUCACUAAAGAGAGAUCUUUUCAACACUYGAAGAUAAAAUCCAUAUCUUUGCRCKKCCAUGYAAUAUCCUCUAUAUAUUUUAUGAAUAUUAAAAGCACUUAUCUAUGAUCCAUGGAUGAUAUUUUUAUUUGCUUGUGAUAACUGACAUGAUGAUAAUAUAAAGAAAAUAAUAGUUCUGGUUUACAUGAUAUAAGGGAAAAAAAAAUAAAAGCUGAAGAAAAUUUUACAAACAGUCAUUCUCUUUGAAAGGCAGUGUCUAAUAGAUAAUUGCCUGUUUAUAUUAUGUAUUUUAUCAUAGAUGAAAAUAAAGCCCAUGCAUAUAACUCCUAACCCAUUACCUUAAUUUGCUACAAUUUGUACAUUUGAAUAUUAUAAAUAAUCAAUUGAAAAAAUAAACAUUCUACCUAAAUUAUUUCAUAUUUAAAUUACAGAUUUAUACAACUUAUUGAGAAAUAAAAAUAAAAAUGCCAAAAAUAUCAAUUAUCUUGACUAGUAUUUGGAUAUGUUUGCAAAAGUCUAAUCCAUCAAACAUGUAAAACAGUCUUAAGUAUACCAACAUGUAAAACAUCAAACAUGUAAAACAGUCUUAAGUAUACCAGGAAUGUGUAUUUCAAGAGGAGCCGAUGCAUUCAUGGGAGAAAUAUAUCUGUUCUUAUGUCCAAGCCAGCUGUAAGUCACAACUGGUUGCCAGCAAAGUUUAUUCAAAAGAGCAGACCUGGUCGGCUCUUCCUGACAUUUCACCGGUUUUCAUGCRUUCUUCUUGGCCAGUGAGCGUGCAGUAAUAAUAAUAUAGUUAAUAACCUCAUCGUCACCAAAAGAUAUCAAUGGCUUUAUUCAUCACRUCUAAUAUAUUUGGCCAUCAAUAAUAAAUAAUUAUAUCCAUCAUCUUCAUAUUUUAUCUAUAGUAUGCUGGAAUCACAAUUGUUAACCUAAUAGUAUAUAUUAUUCCCAAUAAUUUUCCCAUCCCAUUUCCCAGUUAUUUCUAUGUCCCGAUUUGCUUGUCUUCAUUAUAUAUGACAAAUUGUAUUGCAAAAUUAACAGCUUUGUUCGCCAUAAUUUGCAUUCCUACUGAUAAUUAUAAAAGUAACUCCGUUUAAAAACUAAAAAGAUCUGGAUUGCAAACAGGAUUGAUGCAGCCUAAAUAUGUCUAAUUCAUGGAUAACAUUAUAUUAUUUUGUUAUAUAAGUGGUUACUA